UAGUAGAAAACUAAGAUCUUCAAACACUUGCUGACUUGAGGAAAAAAAGAAGGUGAUUAGGGUAUCAAUGUUGGAGGGUGGGGGAAAGCCAUGAACAUAUUAAUCUGUCCUUAUUCAAAACUUUUUGUCUAUUCCUCUAUAUACUAUUACUAUAUGCGUGACAUCAAUUUGUUGCAAUUAAGAACUUGAAACCAAAUAGAAAAAAAAAAAAAAAAAAAAAAAAAAAAAAAAAAAACAUUGAAAACUUCCUUGAUGAAUGCUAUGAUACAACACGUCACAUUAGCCAAAAGAUUCCUCUAUUCUUGGCAUUGAGCAAACAUAUUUAAUUGUUGUUGAAAAGGGUCUAUUAGGACAGGUUGCGUCUACCACGACUUUGAAACCCUUUUUUUUUUUUUUAUUCUUCUUGUUAUUAGUCGUGUGUAUAUAUAAAUCCUGUUCCCUAACACUUGGAAAUAGAGCUAACAAGCAACAAAAACUGUCUAAGACCUUUAGACAAAAUCUCCAAUUUUAUUCCCUCUAAAAAUAUGGAGUGUGAAAAUUUUCAGGCAAAUUACAUUAAUCCAUUUCUUGAAUAUAGCCACUUAGAAACCACAUUUCCUUGGCAAAAUACUAGUAUUAUGAGCCCUCAACGUUCCAUCCAAGAUUUUGUGACCGUUGUUAAUGAUGUUGACAUACUAGACUAUUUCCCAAAUGACUUUGAUUUCAUCGAUGGAGCUUUCGACUCACCCCUUCAAAACUCUCAACAAUUGUCCUUAUUUUCCAGCCCACAACAAGUUGUUCAGGGCGAUACUGAAUCCUUGACAGAGGGUCAAAAAUUACGUGUCUGCAAUCCCCGUCUCAAAUUCCUUGAAGAUCAGCUCAUGGAGGAAACAAGUGUAACUGAUCUUCUUCUCAUGGGAGCUGAAGCUAUUGAAGCUGGAAAUCUUGAUCUUGCUUCUAUAGUUGUCUUGAGACUAAAUACAAUCCUUUCUGAUCAAGAAAACAAAGAAAAUUCCCCUGUUGAAAGAUUGGCUUUGUAUUUCACACAAGGCUUGUUAUGCAAGACCUUGAAUAAUUCACCCGAAUUGUUGAAUGAGAAUCAAUAUCAACCAUCGCCUUCAAUGACCGCAUUUCAAAUGCUUCAAGAAAUCUCCCCUUAUGUGAAAUUUGCUCAUUUCACCGCAAAUCAAGCGAUUCUUGAAGCAACACAAGGGAGCCAACAAGUUCACAUAUUGGAUUUUGACAUCAUGGAAGGCAUCCAAUGGCCUCCAUUGAUGGUUGAUUUGGUUGAAAGAGGAGAUUCAAAUUCCUCUCUAAGAAUCACAGCAGUUGUUGGUGACAAGAAUAAUUCAUUCCAUGUACAAACAACAGGCAAAAGACUUCAAGAAUUUGCUGAUUCUAUCAAUCUUCCUUUCAUGUUUGAUCAAGUUCUCUUAAAGGACUUGGAAAAAAUUCAAGUGGUGGAGGGUAAUAACAACUUAAUAGUUAAUGUUAUGAUCCACCAACUUCACAUGCCACAAAGGGGAAGUUCACUAGUCAAGACUUUUUUCAAUGGACUAAGAAGAUUGUCCCCUAAGAUUAUGGUUUUAGUUGAAGAAGAACUCUUCAGUUUGACUAAAAUCCCAUCCAUGUCUUUUGUUGAAUUCUUUUGUGAGGCUCUACACCAUUACACCACAAUAUCUGAUUCAAUUCUUGGAGGGUUUGGUGGAGGAUACAAGUUAGCAUUAAGGGUCAUUGAAAAGGAAUUCUUGGGAGUUAGAAUUUUGGACUCUUUAAGACAAUUCCCUUGUGAGAAAUUAGAAAGAGAAAAAUGGAGUGAAGGGCUUUAUUCUUUAAAAGGUUUUAGGCAAAUUCCAAUGAGUUCAAGUAAUGUGAGACAAGGUAAGCACUUGGUGAGUUUGUUUAGUGGAGGGUAUUGGGUGCAACAUGAGCAUUGCAAAUUGGCUUUGUGCUGGAAAUCAAGGCCUUUGACAAGUGCUUCCAUUUGGGUUCCCACAUCAUCAAGUCCUAGUCCUUCAAGUUCAAUAGCUUUUUAACCUUUUUAAUAUAAAUUUUGGAUUUAUUAUCUAGAUUGGGUUUUAGUUAGUUUUGGAGCUUAUUGAAAUUUUACAAUGUAAAUAUAGUGAAGUAGUUUCGGGAAGAUUGAAUUAAUGAGAUUGUAUUUCUUGAUUAUCAUUCUAAGUGGGUUGCUGUAGCAACUUGGGGCUAACACAAGAACUACUAAUAUAUUAUGGCGUGUUUGGUACGAAGGAAAAUGGAAAAUAUU